AGUACGAAACGAAUUGGUGUGAUUUGCCGCCGGAAUUCAAACUUCAAUGCAUUCAAAAAAUGGAUUUCGAGACGAGGUAAGUCACUUUCCUAAUUGAAAAUCUUGUAAAUUUCUAUUCUUUUAAUAAUUUUCAGAUUCAACCUCCGCUACACUGCCAGUGAAGAAAAAAAUCUCGUGGGCUCUGAGAAGCUUCACUUUUAUCAAGUAUAUUUCGAAAUCUUAGGAUAUUCGAAAAGUCUUGUAGCUACAUUUCUUGACAAGGAGAAUGCUCAAUUGGAUGUGUGCGACACCGAAUCUGUUGUCAAAAGCCAUGUUAUUCCACGUCUUCUCUAUGCUGUCAAUGUCGGAACCAUGCAGAAGCUCUACAUCCAAACAGACUCAGACAAAGGAAUCAACGAAGUGCUCGCCCCGUUAUAGGAACCAAAAAUCUUUGAAUGUCAAGUUCUUGAAGCUCGAUUCGAAUAACACAAGCGAAAUGCUUUAUGUUCUGAACAAGUGCAAUGGGCUCGAAUCUGUCGAGAUUAUUCACUACAACAACGAAACGACUGAUAUGAAGGAGCUUGUCGAAAAUCCAAUUAUUGUGAACUGCAAGCAGGUGACAAUCUCAACAGUUGGCGGCAUGUACGGCUCACGUGAAUUGCUUAUGAACUUUCAAAUUGAGCGGCUCAUCUCGGGUGAUUCUGCAAUUGGAACUCGUUUCCGACAAGGAUCGUACGAACCUGACCACGUAAUGUCGUUGGUCAAUAGUUGUUUCAAAGACCGUGUUGUAAAUUUCCAAGACCAUCAAGGAUUGAGACUUCGCACCGACAACCUUGCCAAGCAAAUUCUUGUCAAGAAGUGUUGCAGGGACGAUUUCGAAUUCGAAUGGGGAGUCUCGUGUCGAGUUAUUCCGUCGAAUCUUCAAGAUAUCGAUUUUGAGGAAGAUUGGCCGAUCUGGACUGACAUCGAUUCAGAUGAAGAUUGCGACUAUUCUUCUGACGACGAAUAUGAAUAUCAAUACAACUCAGAUUCUGACUGAUUUGGAUUUUUCUAAUUUUGUUGUUGUUAUUUUGUUUUCUUUUGUUGAUUUGUUGAAUAAAGUUGUUGUGUUGAA